UUGACUUUUGUUGCCGCCCUUCAAAAGUUUCUUCAUUCUUCCAUCCUUCUGCAAGCAUGGAGAUUGAAGAAGUUUCGACGACUGAGAGCGUCUAUGGUGUGCCAAUAACAGUUGGACCCCUCGGUGACAAUUAUGCCAGGAAAAUGUUUCAAGCCCUGGUAAGAAAUCCAUCUGUUCGAAGAUAUGCAUCAGACACCGAUGAUGCUGUCAGCCAAACGCAGCCCAUUAAGAUGCUUCAGAUGGGCGUGGAUAGAAAUGCCCCCGCUCAGGCAAAAUUCGCAUGGUUGCGCUCACAGUUGGUAGGAGGUGAUGCGGAAUUCGACACCCCAUACGGAAAACGUCUCCUUACCUAUGCUGACCACACUGCUUCUGGGAGGGGUCUUCUCUACAUUGAAGAUUACAUCAUGAAUGAUGUUCUUCCUUUCUACGGAAAUACUCACACAAGUGACAGUUUCGUGGGAUACAAAACAACCAAGUUGGUACAUGAGGCAAUGCAAUAUAUCAAGAGUUGCUUGGGAGGCCGAACUGAUGAUGCACUCAUCUUCUGUGGCUCUGGCACCACAGCCGCAAUCAAGCGUCUCCAAGAGGUGAUGGGAAUUGCAGUUCCGUCAAUCAUGAGAGAGAGAAUGCUGAAGAUCCUGAAGAAUGAGGAGAGAUGGGUGGUAUUCGUUGGCCCAUUCGAGCACCACUCCAAUGUCUUAUCAUGGCGCCAGAGCUUAGCGGAGGUGAUCGAGAUUGGGAUUAAUGAAGAAGGGUUGCUAGAUAUGGAAGCUCUGAAACAUCUACUUGAGACUUAUAAAUCCUCCAAUCGUCCUAUGUUGGGUUCAUUCUCAGCUUGUAGUAAUGUCACCGGCGUGUACUCAGACACUCGUGCCAUUGCUCGGCUCCUUCACCAACAUGGUGCCUUUGCAUGCUUUGACUUCGCUGCUAGCGGUCCAUAUGUGGAGAUCGAGAUGCGAUCAGGAGAGCUGGAUGGCUAUGAUGCUCUCUUUCUUAGCCCACAUAAGUUCCUUGGUGGGCCUGGAACUCCUGGUCUUCUCCUGAUGAGCACGGCCUUGUAUCAGUUGAGAUUUUCUCCCCCAUCAACUUGCGGAGGAGGGACUGUCAGCUUUGUCAAUGGCUUCUCUGAAAGGGAUACCUUAUAUUACGAGGACAUAGAAGAGAGAGAAGACGCCGGGACCCCACCCAUCAUCCAAAAGAUCCGAGCAGCCCUAGCUUUCUGGGUGAAGGAGUAUAUUGGUUACACUGUGAUUGAAGAACAGGAACAUGUAUAUGUAAAUGCAGCCCUCAGAAGGCUUCUCCCAAAUCCAAACAUAUGGGUUUUAGGAAAUACAAAAGCCAAGAGACUAUCAAUCAUCUCUUUCCUUAUUUUAACCACUUCAAAUUCUCCGUCAGACGAGGGUGAAGAGGGCAGAAGGAUCAGAGACAGAGGACUUAAUAUGUGGAGGGAGUCGGGGAACAGGAAAGAUAAGCCUCUACAUGGGCCUUUCGUGGCUAAGCUACUCAACGAUCUCUUUGGCAUACAGGCUAGAGGUGGGUGUUCUUGUGCCGGCCCUUACGGUCACCUUUUGCUUGAUGUCAAGGAGUCUCUCUCGCUUGCCUUCCGAUCUGCCAUCCAGAAGGGCUAUGCUGGAGUAAAACCUGGAUGGACGAGAGUGAGCUUCCCCUACUACAUGUCCAUGGAAGAGUUUGAGUUCAUCUUAGCUGCCAUGGAAUUCAUAGCUUUAUAUGGCCAACGCUUCCUUCCGCUCUAUCAUUUCAAUUGGAAAACUGGCAACUGGACCUUCAAAAAGAAAGCAUUCAUGGAUAUUCAAACAGGGGAGGAGCGUGAGCUCGACUUCAGCAAAUUGUCGUUGAACAAUAGGAAGGCUUCUGGGUUGGUUAAUAAGUAUGCAUCAUACUUAGAGGCUGCUAAGCAGAUAGCAAGUUCGCUACCCAAGUUCCCUGCCCCACGUAAGGUGCCAAAAGACAUAGAUCCGAGUCUCGUUCAUUUCAGGGCCUAGAUCCUCUAUAGUGUCUUUUUUUUUUCUACGUAUUUUUCUAUUCUUUUAUUCCUUUUGUGGGGUGUAUAAUAUACUGGAGUUUGUGGAGCUGGCCCUAGAGCCAUAGACUAUACAUAGUCAAGAGAAAAAUAAGAAGAGAUUACAUCCCGUAAUCCCAAGACCGAGAAGAACAUGGAAGACAAUAUAUAUAGUAAUGAAGGAUUACAUCUUGUAAUCCUCUUGUUCAUGGGUAAAUCUCAUAUCAUAUCCAAUUAAACUAGGUGAUAGAGGGGAAUGUGUCUUUUAUUUCUUCCUAUUUAUUUUGUACUCGUAGUUUGAAUAAAAUAUAAUAAAAUUCAA